AUGGGGGUGAAAAAUGGAGGGAGCACUAACGACCUCACGUCGACGACCUCUGAACCCGGGCUGGAAAUGGUAGAGGCGCCGUCAGACAUCGUUUUGACGGAAGGCGAAAGAAAGUAUCUGUUGUACGUCCAGCGGGGAGAUGUGGCAUCCGUCAGAAGACACCUCGAAGAUUACAAGGACAGGCCUCAGGAACUCGAUAUCAAUUGCACAGAUCCUCUCGGGAGAAGUUCCAUUGCAAUUGCAAUUGAGAAUGAGAAUUUGGAUCUGCUCGAACUCCUCUUGAAGUUUAAGGUCAAGCCGAAGGAUUCCCUCCUCCAUGCCAUUUCCGAGCAGUACGUGGAGGGCGUGGAGCUCCUCCUCGAGUGGGAGGAGAAAACCCACAAGAAGGGCGAACCUUACAGCUGGGAGGCCAUGACCCGCGAGACAGCCACUUUCACCAAGGACAUCACGCCCCUGAUCCUCGCCGCCCACCACAACCACUAUGAAAUCCUGAAGCUCCUGCUCGAUCGCGGGGCUUCCUUGCCUAUGCCCCACGAUAUCAGGUGCGGCUGCGACGAGUGCAUCAUCUCCACGGAGGACGACUCCCUACGUCACUCCCUUUCCCGUAUCAACGCCUACAAAGCCCUGGCCUCUCCCUCCCUCAUCGCCCUCUCCUCCAAGGACCCCAUCCGCACCACCUUCGAACUCUCCGGGGAACUGAGGCGCCUGCAGGGGAUGGAGCACGAGUUCAAGACGGAGUACAUUGAACUUCGCCAAACCGUCAUGAAAUUCGCUGCCGAGCUGCUGGACCAAACGCGAACCAGGAGCGAGUUAUCGGUCAUGUUGAACUAUGACCCCGACGGCCCCGUGUGGGAAGAAGGCGAGGUCAACUCUCUCUCUCGACUCAAGAUGGCUAUCAAGUACUCGCAGAAGGGGGUGAGUUUUGGUGGUGUUUUGCUCCUGGCUUUGGCUUCGCAACGGAUCGAGUACCUGUUAAUCGAAUGGUUUGGAAACGCUUGGCUUCGAUCGCUUCUCGAGGAUUGGAAGAUUCGAGAAAGAGGCUCCUUACCCGGGAUAGUCGAAGUGUGCAUCGUGAUGUACGUCGGAAGCUUGAUCUGGGCCGAGAUAAAAUCCCUCUGGAGCGACGGCUUACUAGAGUACAUCAAAGACCUGUGGAACAUUAUUGACUUCGUGACCAACUCGUUCUUCAUGACCUGGAUUAUGCUGCGUGCCACCUCGUUCCUCCUGGUCCAGCUCGACCUGUGGCACGGACUGUGGCCGUGGUACCCGAGGGAACAGUGGCACAGUUUCGAUCCUAUGCUGCUCUCUGAGGGAUGCUUCGGUGCCGCUAUGAUCUUCAGUUUCUUGAAGUUGGUGCACAUCUUCAGCGUGAAUCCGCACUUGGGUCCCCUGCAGAUUUCUCUCGGUCGCAUGAUCUUCGAUAUUCUCAAGUUCUUCUUCUUGUACACUCUCGUGCUCUUCGCCUUCGGUUGUGGUCUGAAUCAGCUGAUGUGGUACUACGCUGAGUUGGAAAUGAACAAGUGUUACAGCUUGCCCGGGGGACUGCCCGAUUACGACAAUCAAGAACAAGCUUGCUUCAUUUGGAGACGUUUUGCCAAUUUAUUCGAGACCUCCCAGUCCCUCUUCUGGGCUUCCUUUGGCCUUGUGGAGUUAGACGCCUUCGAACUCACGGGUGUCGGGAGUUUCACAAGAUUCUGGGCAAUGUUGAUGUUUGGAUCGUACUCGGUGAUCAACAUUAUCGUUCUACUGAAUCUCCUCAUUGCUAUGAUGUCCAAUUCGUAUAAUGUCAUCUCGGAGCGUUCCGACACCGAGUGGAAAUUCGCCAGGACGACCCUAUGGCUCAGCUACUUCGAGGACGGUGGCACUGUGCCCCCGCCCUUCAACGUCAUCCCGACGCCUAAGGGCAUCAUGAGGCUCUUCGGGCUGGGCGAGAAGAAGAUGAGGGGCUCGAUGAAGGAGAAGUCGAGGAAGAGAGCCGAGCAGCGUCACAUGAACGUCAUGCGUCUGUUGGUGCGUCGUUACAUCACUGAGAUGCAGCGUAAGGCCGACGAGAAGGGCGUGACGGAGGAUGACAUCAAUGAAGUCAAGCAGGAUAUUUCGACUUUCAGGUACGAAUUGAUCGACAUUCUGAAGAACAAUGGAAUGAACACUUCCAUGGUCAACGCCGAAGAAUCAGCCGUGGUGGGCAAGAAGGGCCGCGCCAUGGAGCGCCGCCUCAUGAAGGGCUUCAACAUCGGCAUGGUGGAGGGCAUCAUGACGGAGAUCCUGACAGCCGACAAGAAGCCCAAGAACAUCUUCAGCAAGCUGGCGCGCGCCAUCGGCAAGAAGAAGAAGGAGGACUGGAACUCGCGCGUGUCGCGAGCGUCGCUGCGCCGCGACCAGAUCGGCUCCUCGGAGACCAGCCUCCGCCGCUCGCAGACGUCCAUCAGGAGGCGCAUCCAGUACGAGAACGACAAGCUGCUCAAGUCCCUCAAUCCCGACGACAUCGCCGAGUACAACCCGAACCUGCGGUCGCACACGCCCACGACUCGUAUCGCGUACGCCAAGUUCAAGGUGAACACGCUGAAGAAGGAGAAGGAGAAGCAGAAGGCGGCGGAGCAGAAGGCCGUGACGCAGGCCAAGGCGGGCGAGGCCAACCAGAAGCUGGAGCACGAGAAGAAGCAGGAGCUGGCCGUCAAGCCGCAGUACAAGUCCCCGACGCCGCAGGCCAGCAGGACCCCCAGCCCCGCUCCCCCGGGGGCCAAAUCCCCCCCUCCCAGCGGCCCGGCGUCCCCCCCUCCGUCAAGCCGCCCCAAGUCCCCCCCUCCGAGCAAUGUCAAGAUCCCCCCUCCCUCCGCCCCGCCGACCGCGCCGCCGAGGUCCGGCCCCGCGCCAGGCAAGAUCUCCGUCCCGGCGGCCUUCCAGCAGCAGGAGACGUCAGCGCCUCCGCCGCGCAUCCAGCCUCCGCCAAGCAAGCCCAAGAGCAGCGUGCCUCCCCCGCCCGCCGCCGCCGCGCCCACGACGCCCACUGUCAGGAUAUCGGAGCCCCCCGUCAGGCCUUCGUCACCGCCCCCUGCCAGCAAGCCACCUCAACCCCCAGCGAGCAAGCCCGCCCCUGCCAGCAAGCCCGCCCCUGCCAGCAAGCCCGCCCCCGUCAGCAAGCCCGCCCCCUCUCGCUCCCCAACCCCCUCCAGGGGCGGGGACGAUCCCAUCCCCGAAGGCAAGUCUCAAGUCACUGGCCAGGUGCGAACGGGCUGGUUGUAA